GUUGAAUAUUGCAAUCGCUACAACUCGAUGCUGGACAUGGGCAAUUUCUCCAUGGCAUUUUACACUUGAGACAGUUCAGCACGUAAUAGUUUGGUUGCACUAGAGCGGUGUCUGACCUCAUUGACUUCUGCACGAUCGCAUAGCUGCUGGGUGUAGAUGAUGACGACAUCACUUGGGGAAUAUAUCAAUUGCUCAACCACUUGAGCUUUAACAUGUCCUCUAGAACACUUGCAACUCACCUCUCUACUUGUUCUCGCUCGAGUAACUCAGCAACCAUAGCUUCACGCACUGCUUCGCACCGUCUCUCGCGUGUCCUGCACACCAUGUCCACUACAACACCCUCUGCGGCAGCGCUGCCCCCAGCACCAUGGAAAGCGCUCUUCAGCGAACACAUCUCCAAGAUGAAGUCGCCCGAGUUCGUGCUCGGGACGCUCGACAAAGCACCUGAAGGCUCGCCUACAUCGUACGUGCCGCGCGUACGAUACUGCAUUCACCGCGGCUUCUGGACUGAGCUGCCAGAGAACAAGCACAACGACGCGGAGCGGAACCCACCCGUGUACCAGAGCGACUGCCCGACGUUCACGACGGACGUGCGCAUGGAGAAGGUGGGACAGAUAUUUGCGUCGAGCGCGGGGCACGCGGAGAGCAGCGAGCAAGUACAAGGAAGUGGAGGUGGAGGGCCCGUAGAGGUUGUGUAUUGGAACGCUGAUACUGGCUCGCAAUGGCGGAUCAAAGGACGCGCAUACGUCAUUGCAGAUGAUAUUGAGGCGAGCGAGGAGAGCAGUGGCGUGAGGACUGUCAAGAGCGAAUUGGGGAAGAGGAUGAGAGUUGUGGACGAAGGCAAGCAGGGCGAGUUCAGCUGGCAGAGGGAACUCAGGGGGUUCUUUGGUAACCAGAGUCCCGGGAUAAAGGGCUCUUUUAAGAAUCCGCCGCCGGGUCAGCCUACGUCUAAACCGUAUGAUCAGAAGCUUGGAUUGGGCUCAAAGGUUGAUGGCUUGGACGACGAGGUGGCCCACAAGAACUUUCGCGUUGUUGUCAUUGUGCCGGAUUCGGUGGAGCAGACGGAUCUUAGCGACCCUGAAAAGGCGCGGAGGUACAGGUACACGUUUGAUGAGAGCAACAAGGCGAAUGGUGGGUGGAGGACUGAGGAGCUGUGGCCGUAGAGGCUGCAAGUUUGUCGAGGCGCAUUACAUUGCUUAGGACAAGAAUAAUAUCCCAGGUUCCUGUGACACGACACAAACAUGUUGAUGUUUUCAAGCGCUCGAUUAGGCACGGCGAUGAUGUGCGUUGUAUGUUUUGCAAGGGAGGAUCUGUUGUGUAACCGCUUUGCCGCAGCCACCCACACUUGGGGAGCGG